ACAGUAGGUGGCGGUAAUGCUCCUAUACAAUGGUUGCCAACCGCCGUAAAACAAGAAGAAGAAGAAGUAGUAGUAAAGUAACACGAAGACGUUUAGCAAAAUAGAUCCGGUGGAGCCAGCACAAACCGCACAACCCACCGCUCAUCCCCGGCUCUGUCCCUCCCGAGAGAGUCCAGCUGCGGGCUCACCGUGAACCUAGUCAUCCUCGGUGACCCCGAACCACAGUCCGGGAGGAGCAUCUAGACGGCCCUAGUCUGAUCCAGCUGGUGGUGCUUCACUGUGUUUUUAACUUAGUGUUUUUAAGUUGCGUCUCCAUCAGCGGCGCAGUCUAUAGACAAAAGUGUGUCUGUUCUCAGGUGAAGGCGUCGCUAUGGCACAAGAAACCAAUCAUAGCCCAGUCCCCAUGCUGUGUGCUACUGGCUGCGGUUUCUAUGGCAACCCCAGGACCAACGGCAUGUGUUCUGUGUGUCACAAGGAGCAUCUGUCCAGGCAGAACUCCACAGGAACCACUUCAGAGAUGUCUGCGAUGCAGAGGUUAGAGGAGACCCUGAACUCUGCAGCUGCAGCAGCUGUGGCUGCAGCUGAGGAGGCAGCUGAGAGUGCUGCCAAGGCAAACAUCUUCAGUAGCAUGUCAGAGCCCAGCGCGGUCACACAGCAGAUGACAGAGAUGAGCCUACGGUGUGAGGAGCCCAGUAUUUCAGAUGUGCUCCUCUCCCCUGAUGAGACACAGCUUCCCCAAGCAAUUCGGGAGGACCCCACAGCCCCCCCACUCAAACCCAAGAAGAACCGCUGCUUCAUUUGCCGCAAAAAGCUGGGCCUGACAGGGUUCGACUGUCGCUGUGGACAGCAGUUCUGUGGACUGCACCGGUACUCAGACAAACACCACUGCUCAUACGAUUACAGGACAGAGGCGGCUGAGAAGAUUCGCAAAGAGAACCCUGUGGUGGUGGCAGACAAAAUCCAGAGAAUAUGAACUCUACCCCUCUGUUCUUGACCCACUCUUCAACCUUAUACAGAAUCAUUUCGAGGCACAAAUAUUGUUUAAAUGGACUCAAUUUUAAGUAGAUCUGUGGUUUAAUUUUUUUGUGUUGGUUUUAUAGUAAACCCAAGGGCCCAGCAGAUUGUGGGGCGCUCUAGGCAUGAUAGCUGGGUAUUUAGAAAACCCCAUUUGUAAUUGUUGCCUAUUGUAAGUUGGCCUCAAAACAGUCUUGGACAAUUUUUGAAUGAGGCUCACAUUUUGUCCGUUGCAAAUGUUUGUAUUAAUUAAUUAUUGCCCUGUGGUGCUGUUACCACUUGCUCUCUGCUGGCUACAGAAGCAAAGUGGACUUGUAUCUGCCCCUGUGUGGCCUGCUCAUGUCCUGGAACUGUACACACAGAUAACCACACAGGCUGAGGAUGAGAUGAGAGACUAGCACACUUUAGUUGGACCACUAUUACUGCACAUCCCACUGGGUUUUCACUGCUUAACCUUCUAAGACCCGAGCUCUUGCAUGACAUGAUUUAUUUAUUUCUCUGUGUUAUUUAGGCUGAUUGGGACCUGAUGAGUGUAAAAACAAAGAAUUAACUUUUUACAUUAUGUAGUUUCUGAGAAAAGUGAUGUAAAACGAAUGUCCUCAUAUGUAGACGUUUUAAUCAUUUUGAUAAUAGUUUUUGCAAAUCAUUAUUCAAAUGUUUUAAGUGCCUGAACACACCAACAUUUGUCUUGAAUGUAAAAACAAAAUUAGAAACAACAAUUGUUCCUCUUGGAACAAUGUGUCUCAUGUGAGGUGCUGCUGACAGGUGCAGGGAGACGCAUACCUUUCCAAAAAUAAAAAUCUGAACAUUCUAAACUCUUAAAUUUUCUAAAUUGAACAUUUUUGCAUUGUUGCUGUUCUUGUAAGCUGUUCUACUUUGAAAAAUUUGCAUUGUGGCCUAGACAACCCAAAAUGUGUUGUCCACAUAUGAGGACACCAGGUGCUAGGCGGUUAAACUUUCAACAGCUAGCAUUAUUUCAAAACAAAGUGAAGAAUCUUAAUCUUUCUGAAUCUUAAUAUUACCUUUUGCCCUCAUUUUAAGCUACCAUCAAGCAGAUUUUGUUUAAUAUUUAAAGUUGAACUGUGUAACUUUGUUGCCAAUGGAGAUCACAAUUUAACAUCAGAAACAGUUAAAUAAAAUAAUAGGUCUGGGGAUCAUUAGCUCAUUUACCCUAACCAAGCUUUCAAACGUUUUAAUGUACUUUUUUUUUUUUUUCAGGAAGUUUAAGAUAAAAAUGAGAAACCAAGGGUUGUGCGGUCAUUCUUGAGCUCCACAAUUUGUCUUCAUGGAUUUUAAUGCUGUACAGUGGAAUUUCUGGAAAGGCAGUAACAAGGUGCUGUGUAUUCUCCACUAGUAACCUUACAUAGGGCACUUUUUAACAUAACUCUAAGUUUGAACCCUAAUGAAGAACAGUUUGUUUUAAAAAAGUUACAUAGUAUAAUUGGGUACACAUUUGAGUGUCUCACUAAUGUUGGUCUAUCCAUUUGUCUCCAGUUGCACUGACAUUACAGAUGAAUCCCAUGUUUGUAUUGUUAGUUGAAUAGUUUUUGUAGAGUUGCUGAUAGAUACAUGUGGUUAAUACCUUGUGGUUGCAAGACAGGAGGUCACUGGAUGUUUGGAUAUGUACACUGUUUUUUUUUUUUUCUUUUUCCCUUUAGUUUGUAUUAAUCUUAUUUAUAAAAGUUGUGCAAUUUUUCCAUUAAAAAUAAACUAACUUGUCAUUAAAUUAUGUUCACCGCUGUUCACAUGAUGGGUGUCAUUCAUUUUGUUCUUGAAAAUGUUUUAGUUAUUAAUGUUUUGAUGCAUGCAGAGCACUGCACCGAAAUGUGUUUUUGAGACCAUGCAAUCCUAUCAUUAAAUGAUUGCAUAAUUGAUUUU